UAGAACAAAGUAUUUUUGUACCAUUUCCAUUAGAUCAUACAACUUGAAUUGUUUAUCGAAAUUUUUUAUAUAUUUUUUUGUUUUGUUGAUCAAAAUAAUCUGUUACAAAACUCUCAUAAUUUCACCACAUAUUCCACAUAUAAAUAACAACAUGUCGUCUAAAGUUCGUGGUAAUAAGGCUUCCAUGCUGAGGGCUAAGGGAAACGUUGAAAAACCCACUCCCACAACUUUGUCUUGGGCUCCUGCUUCCACCCGGUGCGCAGAAUUUGCUCCAGCUCCCUCCAUUAAUCCUGGCUCGAGAUCCACCAGUCGCAGCCGAAGUCAAGUCCCGACCAUCCGCGUCCCGACCAGCCGCAUCCCGAUCCGUCGUGGUUUGGGUACCAGCUCGCGAAACACUUCCCCAGUUCGGGCAUCUCCAUUGAAAGGUCCAUCCAGUGUCAGUGCGUGCUCCUUGCCCAAUCGACUUCCCUUCGAAAGUAAACUGGGCGAUCACGAUCGUGAAACUGAUGUGGACAAGGAAACUUGCAAGCGGGAUUCUCCGUCGCGUCGCACAAAGGUCCUGGUUCAUGAAAGGAAGGAGAAUUUAGAUGAUACUGGAAAAUCCCAUCGCCGGGUAAUCGAACUGAACAAGGUGCGGGCUCUCGAAUCGGAGAAAAAGAAGCUGGAAUACAUGCAAUCAGAGUUUAUGCACAAACUGCGCUCCUUGGGUUCCCAAAAACUUGAGGGAGUCUACAAGUUCGUGGCCUUCGUAUUUAACGAGGAGUGUAAGAUCGUGGUCCACGAGGAAGACCUGCUGCGAUUGCCCAAGAAUCUGCCCGCUGAGAGUGUCCGUGAUUUGAAGGAUCGUUGUCGUUCCGUGGUCGAUAUGGGCUUUAUGGUACUCUACGAUCACCUGCAGUUCAUUCAUAGGGCAAAGGAUGAGUUCGAGGCUCGUGCCAAACGCGAGGACAUUCGAAACAAGUUGAAGAAUUUGGUGAACCGCAAAAUGAAAAGCAUUACCGAAGAAAUCGAACAAUUGUGCAAUCCCAACCCAAAAACCGAGUGUGCUAACCCAAGUUUGUAUCGCGAGAUGGCGGAUCUGCGGCUGGAGAAGAAGCACAUGGAAGGUCGGUACUUUGAUAUCAGGAAGGAGCACUGUGACCAGAUGAACCAACUGAAGGCCGAGCACGAGGCUAAGCUGGCUUCCGAACUGGCCAAUCGGGAUCAGGUCAUCAGUGAGCUGAAGAAGAGCCUGCGGCGCACCGAGGAGGUGGUCAGUGAACAGUCCAUUCGGCUGGCCGAGAAGAAGGCUUCGUUGAUAGACGAGGAUGGAACCAUCGAAGAACUGCGAUCCGAACUGGCCAAGCUGAAGUCUGUCAAUCAGCGAAUGUUCCAACGCUUGGAGGAGGCGGACGUUGGUCUGGAACGAGCCCGCCAAUCCAUCGAUAAGCAUUUGGGAAGGAUCACCUACUUGGAGGGCGAACUGAAGGAGGCGCGCGAGCUCAUCGUCAAUCUGCAGAAGCGUCCGGAUGUCAUGGACAGUGGCGUCAUGGAGAAGGAUCUGAUCAUUGCCGAUCUGAAGUUGCAACUGCACAAUCUCGAGCAACAUAAAAAUGUUCUAAACAAUCAAGUUAGCAAUGCAUUGAAGCAGCACGCGGACUAUGACGAUUUGAGUGGAAAAUAUAGAAAAGCUGUGAUGCAGAUAAGUGAGCUUAAAGAAGCCUUAAAGGUCAAGUCCGAUGAAUCAGAGAGCCAUGUCCAGGCCGAGGAGCAGUUAAACAAGGAGAUGGUCAAGAUGCGGGAGAAGAUAAAUCUCGACCAGCAGAUGCUCAAUGCUCGGAGUGACCUGAUCAACAGCCUGCAGAAGAACGAGCAGGAGAACCGCACCAAGAUGGACAAAAUGUACUAUCAAGUUAGCGAGAAAGACACACUGAUCAAUCAGGUAAACAUCGAGCUGGCCUCCAAGGAGGAGGAGUCCCGCAAUCUCUUCGGAACUUUGACAUUCAAACAAAAGGAGGUGAGGAGGCAGGAGCAUGUCAUCCAGUUGCUGAAGGAGCAAAAAGCACGGGGUUCUAUGGCGCGAGUCGAACAGGAGGAGCGGAAUGUCAUUAUGCAGGAAGAGAUUAAGCGUUUGAAGCAGACCCUUCAAGGUUAUGCCAGAAUUAUUAUUGGCAAUAGUGGUCAACAUUUUUUUGAAGUUGUGCCAGCUGACGAAGUUCCGCGCAACAGGAGCAGUGGCAAUCGGGAUCGAGGGGAGACCCCCAUUAGCAACGGCAUGAACUGCGAUUGGACCAAUCCACAAGAGCAGGAAGUGUCUCCACCGCAUGGUAGAUUCUUUGAGCCACUGCAGCACCAACUGUUGCAACACCAGCGAUCCGUCAGCCCUCGUCAUUCGCAUGUCGAUCUUCAGCAUUCAACCAGGCAUUCCCUCCGUUCGCGUUUGCAUCAUCCCCGCAAUCAUCAUCAAAAUUCGCAACAUACCAUGCAUCAUCUGCCUUCCCUACAAUUGCGUCGUCAUCAGCAAUCCCGAGAUCGUCGAUAAAAUCAAAUGGAACACCAAUUCCCAACAGAUAACACUGAGCAUGAAAAUUCCGCAGACAAACAAACCAAAUUUAUUGUAAUUGUUGGCCAAUGGCGUUCAGUUUUUGUACCCAUAAAUAAUAAGUAUUUGUAAAUUCUG